CUAAUUUUACCAUUGUACCGUUUGAUGUCGCUACCUCAAACGACCUUGUGUGACCUUGAUGCGGCAACAAAUUAGUUGAUUACUGCUAGAGAGCAUCAAUGUGCAAUGAAAUUUCUAUCGUAUAGCGAAACAAAAUCAGUCUUCGGAUUUUCGUUUCGCGCCGAUGGGCCAAGAAAUUGAAACUCCUCAUUCUUCUUCUCACCAUCACAUUCAUAAUGUCACUUAUCCACAUUACGAAUUUUUAUUUGGUGCAGCAGCUUAUUCUGUUAGUGUUGUAGCUCUCUUUCCCUUAUAUAAGACUGUAUUCUUCCAGCAGCUGGAUGGCAUUUCCUGGAUUCAAGCACUGAUUCGUUAUCGAAUAGAAGGACUUCGUAUGGCUUACAGAGGGGUUUUACCUCCUUUGCUUCAACGAGCUUCUACUGGAGCACUUAUGUUCGGUGUUCAAAGUACAUCAGAACGAUUCCUAGUUAAUCAUCCUAUAACAUUCGAUUAUCCACCAAUUUUACAGAAGAUUGUUUCUUCCACUAUUGCCGGUUGGUGUGAAGCUACACUUAUGCCUUUUGAACGUGUUCAAACGCUACUGCAAAACAGGUAUUAUCAUGAUCGGUAUAAGAAUACUUUCCACGCUCUGACAACUAUUACAUCGGAUCACGGUAUCAAAGAGCUCUACAGAGGUUUAACUCCUGUUUUAUUCAGAAAUAGUAUAGCCAAUGGACUUUACUUUUGUGGACAUAAAUGGCUAAGUGAUAUUCGUGUUCGUCGACCUGGUGAGAGUACUAUGGAACGUAGCCUAUGGAAUUUUGCUUUUGGUGGUAUUUUAGGAGGUUCUAUCGGUGUGAUUACAUUUCCUUUUAAUGUUAUGAAAACACGUAUGCAAUCGACUGUUGGUGGAUGCUUUGUUGGACUUCGUUCAACUUUUAUAUCAUUAGUAUAUGAAGAGUCUAAUAAACUUAAUAUUUUGAGACUGUUUCGUGGUGUACCUGUUAACUUCAUACGUUCAGUUUUCUCAUGGGGUUUAAUUACAAUGACUUUUCAUUUUUUAGUAGAAAUAAAUUCGUUGUUACAUUAAAUGUUUAAAAAAAAGCAAAAUAACUUAAUGACUUUAACAACCAGCCACAAGUGUACAACCCUGUGCUUUCACAGUUUAUUUCGUAGAUUAUGUGUAUAAAUGAUUUGCUUGAUUUAAUUAAUAUUGUGUACAGUAAACUUGCUAUUAAACAAUCACUUUCUUUUGGUAUU